ACAUCGGUGGCAGAAAUGUAUCGUACCCUUCGGGAACACUUCUGCAAACCCAUCACCGUCCACUGCUCGCGCUUCUCUCUCGCCGUCCCUUGCCCGUCUGGAUCUCGCUUGACGUCGCCGGCUACGGUAGAAUAACAUCCUGCCGACGAACGAGCCCUAGCAGGUUUCAACUUGAACAACUUAAACUCAGUGCCAUUUCAGUGAGUUGAAAAGAAAUGUUGGGUGGACUCUAUGGAGACCUUCCCCCUCCUUCAACAGCCGAUGAGGAGAGAAGCAGCAGUUCAUCUGUUUGGUCAAGCAGUGCAAAGAUGGCACCACCCACAUUGCGAAAGCAGUCAAUCAUUCUCCAACCUCAAUCUGUUUUGAAGAACCAACAGUCGCAUAUUAAAGCUAAAAGUUCACUCACUCCGCAAGUGAAGGAAUUGGGUGCUUCCGCCCCCUUAAAUUUGUCUGAAAAUGGUGGUAAAGCCCCAUCCUUUCAGCCAGCUCUUGUUGGGGUGACAUCAACGGUCUUAGAGGAGUAUGAUCCUGCUAGGCCAAAUGAUUAUGAAGAUUAUAGGAGAGAGAAGAAGAGAAAAACUGCAGAAGAGGAAAUGAAACGAGAGCUAGAGAGGCGGCGCUGGGAAGAGGAGGAAAGGGAUAGAGAGCGGGAACAAAGGGAACGGGAAGCUGCAGAGAGAGAAGAGAAUGGUUAUCGAUCAAGGUCCUCAGCACUGAGUAUAUCUGGUGAAGAAGCUUGGAAAAGGCGUGCUGCCAAGAGCGAAGGAGUUACUCCUAGGUCACCUUCUCCGCCUUCAAGUGGAGAUGGAUUUAGCAUUGGAAAAUCAACAACUGCUGGAUUGGGAAUUGGUGUUGGUGGCCACAUGACUGCUGCACAGAGGAUGAUGGCAAAGAUGGGCUGGAAAGAAGGCCAAGGACUUGGCAAGCAGGAACAGGGUAUUACUACUCCUUUGAUGGCUAAAAAGACUGACAGACGAGCUGGGGUGAUUGUUAAUGCUAGUGAGCCUAAAUCUGAGAAGAAGGUGAAAAGUGCUAAUCUCAAUGGUCCACCCACUCGUGUUGUACUUCUUCGAAACAUGGUUGGACCAGGAGAGGUAGAUGAUGAGCUUGAAGAUGAGGUUGCAUCAGAGUGCACAAAGUAUGGUACUGUUACACGUGUGUUGAUAUUUGAGAUAACACAAGAAAACUUCCCUGCAGAAGAAUCAGUCAGGAUCUUUGUUCAAUUUGAGAGACCAGAGGAAGCCACAAAGGCAUUAAUCGAUCUUGGUGGGCGUUUUUUUGGCGGAAGAACUGUGCAUGCUUCAUUUUAUGAUGAGGAAAGGUUUGGAAACAAUGAGUUGGCUCCGCUGCCUGGUGAAGUAGCUGGUUACUAAUGCGAAUAUUAACCUGAGAACAACUUAGGGUGGAGAUUAGCCUUGCACAGGGACUUUGCGAUUACCUUUCUGGUUAUUUGUGUGUGAUGUGCUCCUCUUGGUUUGCUAAUCUACAGAAGCCUUCAAGGCAUGUGUCCCUUAUCUUCUUAGCUACUCAUUUUGUGGUUCAUGCUGCAUGUUAGUGCUCCAUAACAGUUCAUUAGUAAAAAGGUGUUUGUUGAAGAUGUAAACUUGGAAACAUGGACAAGUAAGAUCCUUUAGUGGGGGAGGAAGUGCUUUUCAAUGGUUGUUUUCUUAAA